AGCUAACGCCUACUCUAAAGGUUAGAUAACAAGAAUUAAAUAUUUAUCAGUGAUGUCUAAUUGUCAUUGAAAGGUCAAUUAGUAAAAGAUAUUUGAAUAAAUAUCAGUAAUAAAUAAUGGCUGAUUCAAAAAAGAGUGGAGAAAUUUUUAAUCCAACAGAUCAUCAGCAUAUCAGAUUUAAUCCAUUAAAAGGUGAAUGGGUACUAGUGUCACCUCAUAGAAUGAAAAGACCUUGGGGUGGACAAGUAGAACCUUCAAAUGAUGAAGAUCCUCCGGAGUAUGAUCCAAAUAAUCCAUUGUGUCCUGGAAACCCUCGAGUUAAUGACAAAGUGACACCGAAAUACGAACAUACAUAUUCAUUUGUUAAUGAUUUUCCUGCAUUACUUGAAGAUGUACCUGGACCACCGGUAUCAGAUGAUGAAUUAUUUCAAAUGGCAGAAGCACGUGGAACUUGUAAAGUCAUGUGCUUUCAUCCAAAAUCAAAUGUUACUAUUGCGUUGAUGAAAAUUGAUGAAAUUGUUGAAGUUAUUAAACAAUGGAUCAAUGAAAUGAUAGAAUUAGGAAAAAAGUGGACUUGGGUACAAAUAUUUGAAAAUCGCGGUGCGUUAAUGGGAUGCAGUAACGCACAUCCUCAUUGUCAAAUUUGGGCAAGUUCAUUUUUGCCAUUUGAAGCCAAAAGAAAAGAUUUAAAUCUUCAUGAAUAUCAUUCACGUCAUCAACGUCCACUUUUAAUUGAUUAUGUUGAAAAAGAAUUAAUUAAAAAGGAACGUAUUGUAAUAGAAAAUCGUGACUGGGUAGUCGUGGUCCCAUUUUGGGCAGUAUGGCCUUAUGAAACGAUGUUAUUACCAAAGAAACAAAUCACCAGAAUCCAAGAUCUUACAGCAGAUCAGCAAGAAUCACUGGCAUCUAUAAUGAAAAGAUUGUGCACUAAAUAUGAUAAUUUAUUUUUAUGCUCAUUUCCAUAUUCAAUGGGCUGGCAUGGUGCACCAACAGGACCAUUGAUCGAGAAAGAUUCACAACACUGGACAUUCCACGGUAUUUAUUUACCACCUUUGCUACGGUCAUCCUCAAUAAAAAAGCAUAUGGUCGGCUAUGAAUUAUUAGCACAAGCCCAGAGAGAUUUGACCCCAGAACAAGCUGCUGAAAAAUUACGUAGUCUACCUGAUGCUCACUAUCGUCAUCCAGAGACUAGUUUAACUCCCGAUUUGAUUGCCAAAUACAACUAAUAUAUUACUUAUUAGAUAAAUUUUAAUUACUUGCUUGGAGCAGACUGUAAAAUUAUUCUUUAGACAAAUAAUUAAUCAAAACAACAUAAAAAUGUAUAGUAAUCAAUUAAUAUAUAUACAUAUUUAUUGUAAAAUAGUUAAAGAAAUAAUUAAUAUAUUGGAAAUGUUGAA